AUGGGAGAAGGUGAGGGGCCGCUGUUAGAAUCGCCACUAGCGGAUGACCAACUGUGCACGUUCAAAAGUGGGGAACUCUGGGCCGAAGAUGCAAACCAGGGUGGGUUGUCAAACCGGAGGCCGAUUGCACAACGUGCACGGAAGGUGCCCCUCUUCCAGUUCAAAGUAAAGUUGGCCGAUCUGAUCCAAGGACUAUUAUCUGCAAAGAUCAUCCAGCACUCUACCUCGCCAUGGGCCAGCCCAAUCGUCAUUAUCGUGAAGAAAAAUGGGGUGGAUAUCAAGCUGUGUAUUGAUAAUCGGUUAGUGAAUGACCUGACCCAGCUCAUGUUCUACCCUAUGCCUCUGAUCAACGAAUUGUUGGAGGACCUGAACGGAGCAUUGUGGUACUACUCCCUGGAUGUGGCAAGUGGUUUUUGGGUUAAUACGCCUCAGAUAUAUCAGAGACUCUUGGAUAAUGCUUUGUAUGGGUUUUUACGUAUCUCGCAAGGAGCUGGUACAGAGGAGAUUGAAGACCUGUUUCCGAUGGGAAAGCCGGAUGUAAAGUUGGCUCCUUGGUACUGGGUCGGCCAGUCCUACAUUGUUUACUUUUUAUUACCGGCCGACUCGUGGGAUAUGUUGUGCGCAAAGGUUAAGCAAUUAUUUAUUGAAGAUAAUGCGGUGUAUACAUCGAUCCUCUAUGAGUUAUGGGAGGUGGAUUUUUACGCUUGCCGAUGUAAGUUGAGGACGGGUGACAGUGGGGUAGCUAAGGCAGAAGACGAGGAGAAGUGGUCCAGGGCCCAAGUAGCUUUCGCUAUGCGCAAGAAUAAGAUUGCCACAGCACCUAUCUUGCGACACUUUGAACCAUCCAAAGAGGCAGUAAUUAUCGUUUAUGCAAGUAAAUGGGCCAUAUCCGCGUCGUUGGUGGAAGACCGUGGUGGCAUCCUAAUGCCUGUGACUUUUACGAGUCGGACCAUUAAGGCCAACAAGUUGUACUACAGCACGUGGAGAAAGAAGUCUACGGGUUUACAGGGACGUCUUGAUAAUUGGGCUGCCCUCAUUUUCCAAUGGACUAUAUACAUUGUUAAGUGCAAUAAGGGUGGGGAAAAAGUUCUGGGGGCGCUCGCAGCCAGUAUUACUCCUCACGCAAGUGUGGACUCGAUUUUAUCGUCAAUUGCCCCCAAGAAACAGGCGCGGCAAGUGGUCGACCUACCUACACCAACUGUGGAGCCUGACGAAGAGUUAUACGUCAUGAGUUUUGAUGGGUCCGCUCGAGCAAAACAGGGAGAGCCUCUAGAACGACGGCGACUGAUCAUCUAUGGCGACUCCAACUUGGUGAGUGCCGACCAGUUGGCCAGCACAGCCCUGCGUCAAAAGGAAGGGAUCAAGUCGAUACCAGAAGGAGAAUGGCAAAGUUUGAAAGCGAUUAAUCGAUUGUCAGAGUUACUAGUUGUCAAGGACCAGAGUCCAUCGGCCAAAGUGUUUGCGGUGACUCGAUCUCGACCUUCCUUUAGAGCAUCAGGGGAAAUUCUACAAAAGGGUGUGAUGCAACGACUCCAGACAGAGCGAAUCAGGGAGGCACAAGAGCAAGAAGACUGGGUGCAAGAAUUGAAGGCCUACUUGAAGGGAGAUUGGUUCGACCUGUCUAUGGUGUCCGCGCACUCGUGCAGUAAGAUGGCCAGGGACUACGAAAUAAGUGAAGAGGGGCUGCCAUUGUAUUGUCCCGUGCAGAGGGUCGAGGGAGACGACCGAGAAGUAACGGCCAGAUAG